AUGGCCUCUAUAGCACGUACUGCUCGUUCUGCUGCCCGGGCGAGUUCGAUCUGCACUACUUGUCGCACAAUAAGACCACAGCCACGGAGGAUCAAUGUGCUUGGAUCAUUGCAGACGAGCUCAAGCUCGCGGCAGCUGUCAACAAGCUCUCAGCGUCCAGCAGAACCAUACAUGCCAGAUGAUGUCGAUACCGCCUCGCUUCAUCCUACGCCCAUCACCCACUUUUCCGAAAUGGAGCAGAUGCUUUGCGACUCAGUGUCAAAAUUUGCCAACGAGGUGAUAGCACCAAAAGUCAGGGAAAUGGACGAGAAGGAAAUGAUGGACCCGCAGAUUAUCGAGCAAUGUUUUGAGCAAGGGUUGAUGGGCUUCGAGAUACCAGAAGAAUACGGUGGUUCUGGCAUGAACUUUACUGCCGCCAUAGUUGGCAUCGAAGAACUGGCUCGUGUUGAUCCUUCAGUUUCCGUCAUGGUUGACGUGCACAACACCCUCGUCGUAACCGCGAUCCUUAAAUAUGGCACUGAGGAGUCGAAGCGGAAGUGGCUACCUAAACUCGCCACCAAUACCGUCGGCUCCUUCUGCUUGUCCGAACCCGUCAGUGGCUCGGACGCCUUCGCACUCAAGACCAAGGCUGUCAAAACAGACGAUGGCUACAGAAUAUCUGGGAGCAAGAUGUGGAUUACGAACAGCUUGGAAGCAGAUUUCUUCAUUGUCUUUGCAAACCUGAAUCCGGAGAAGGGCUAUAAAGGUAUCACGGCCUUCGUGCUAGACAAAUCGAUGAAGGGUCUUUCGAUCUCGAAGAAGGAGAAGAAGCUUGGAAUUAGAGCAAGCUCGACUUGUGUCGUCACCUUCGACGAUGUUGAUAUACCAAAGGGCAACCUGCUAGGUAAAGAAGGGGAAGGCUACAAAUAUGCUAUCGGUCUGCUCAAUGAAGGUCGAAUUGGUAUUGCGGCACAGAUGACUGGUCUUGCUUUGGGUGCUUGGGAGAAUGCUGCCAAAUACGUAUGGAACGACCGAAGACAGUUUGGCCAGUUGGUUGGUGAGUUCCAGGGCAUGCAGCACCAGCUCGCGCAAGGCUGGACCGAAAUCCAAGCUGCUCGAUCAUUGGUCUACAACGCGGCACGAAAGAAGGAGGCUGGUGAGGACUUUGUCACCGAUGCUGCUAUGGCCAAGCUGUAUGCCUCGCAGGUCGCCGGCAGAGUAUCAGGACUUGCUGUCGAGUGGAUGGGUGGUAUGGGUUUCGUAAGAGAUGGUAUUGCAGAAAAGAUGUUCCGAGACAGCAAGAUUGGAGCCAUCUACGAGGGAACCAGCAAUAUUCAACUUACGACUAUUGCGAAGGCCUUGCAAAAGAAAUACACUACAUAA